AUGCAAUUCCUCACUCUCCUCCCUCUGGCCCUCUCCACCCUUGGCCUCGUCUCUGCCAGUCCUAUCCGUCGCGAAGAGAGCCCCGCCCUCACCUGGCACGUCUCCAACUUCCAUGUGUUCCACGCCUCGAACAACUUCAACUACACCUUCAACAUCUACGGCGUGGGCACCGCCAACACCCCCGGCUUCAACACGACCUGCACGGGCUCCAAUGCCACCACAGACCUCACCUCCUGCGACGAUCCCCUGAUCAAGUCGCGCAUCCUGUCGGAGCAAUACCCGCUGUGGAAUGUCCGGGUCGAGCACGAGUGGAUUAAGGACGGCGACAUGGAGUUCUACACCUACGGAGAGCACAAUGUCACGUCGGCGACGCCGCAGUUCACUAUCCCGGUGACGCAGGAGUACGGUGUUGCGUAA